AUCGAGAUUCCUUUACAACGUUAAUGUUUACCAUAAUCUUGGACUUGGUGCAUGGAAAUCCGAUUUGUUUUCAUCAAAAACCAAAGGUAUUAAUGUUCAGGUAAGGACAUUGCCGAGCAUGUAUAUAUUAGUAAUAAGAUUAGGAUGCCAAAGGCUGAGCCUUUGAAUCCAAACCAUACCAAACCAAUCCGCUCCAGUUUCUCUGGUAAUGCUCGCAAUCUUUAAUCUAAUUCAUUAGUAAAAUACUGCUACUACAGCACUGCUAGUUAACUGGUUGGUCAUCUACGCCAUUAUGAGCGGCCAUCUUUCCAAGCUCCCCGCCUUAAUCAGACGUUUUGCUCAUUUCAAUUUCUUAUUUUCUGCUCACCCAAUCAGACAUCAUACUGACAUCUUUGUAACAAAACCUGCUUCAUAUACACGCGAGUGUAAUAUGCGGAUUAACGACUUUGGUCGCCGUGGCAAAGUCAAAGCAGCAAAGCAACUUUUCGAUGAAAUGCUUCAAAGUCAUAGGGACGCCGCCUCUUAUGCUUCCAUGAUCACUGUUUAUUUGAAAAAUAAUCAUCUUCCCAAAGCCGAGGCGCUGUUUACCUCCAUGCCCCGUACCCAUAGAAACAUUGUUGCUGAAUCCGCAAUGAUCCACGGCUACGUGAAAGCCGGUCGUCUACCCGAAGCUCGUAAACUUUUUGAUGAUAUGGUUGACAGAAAUGUCUUCUCCUGGACUAGUUUGAUUUCUGGGUAUUUUGCAGUAGGGCAAGUUGCAGAGGGUCGUCUCCUUUUUGAGCAAAUGCCUAUGUCUGUGAAAAAUGUGGUGUCUUGGACAACGGUAGUUUUGGGUUAUGCACAUAACGGUUUAAUUGAUGAAGCUCGCCAUGUUUUUGACCGAAUGCCUGACAAAAACAUUGUUGCCUGGACAGCUAUGCUCAAGUCUUAUGUUGACAAUGGCCGGAUUGAUGAUGCAAUUAGGCUUUUCUACCAGAUGCCUCAAAGGAAUCUGUAUGCCUGGAAUAUCAUGAUUUCUGCCUGUCUAAAGGUUAGCAGAGUCUGCUUGGCUAUUCAAUUAUUUGAUUCUUUGCCCCAAAAAAACCUGAUUUCUUGGACAAGUAUGGUUUCGGGUUUGGCAAGAAACGGGAUGACAAAACAGGCUAGGGAAUACUUUGAUCAGAUGCCAGUAAGCAAAGACAUAGCCGCAUGGAAUGCCAUGAUAACCGCAUACGUUGAUCAAGGGGACAUGCCUAAAGCUAGUGAGCUUUUCUACUCGAUGCCUAAUAAGAACAUUGUUGCUUGGAAUGUCAUGAUUGAUGGAUAUUCAAGAAAUGGAGCUCAAGGUGAAGCUUUCAGCCUCCUGAUCCUCAUGCUUCGUUCUGGCUUCAGGCCUAAUGAGACUACAAUCACUAGCGUGUUGACCUCCUGCAAUAGCAUUUUAGAGGUCGGGCAAGCUCAUGCUCUUGUUUUUCGUUUGGGGUUUGACUUUGAGCAUGGCAUUUCACUCACUAAAACUCUUCUUUCAGCAUAUUCAAGAAUUGGGGAUCUCAAUUCAGCUAGGCUUGCUUUUCAAGGUCUAAAGGCUAAGGAUCUUGUGUCAUGGACUGCCAUGAUAUUAGCAUAUUCACACCAUGGAUAUGGUAAGCAUGCAUUACAUGUUUUUGCAGCCAUGCUAACAUCAGGUGCCAAGCCGGAUGAGAUCACUUUUGUAGGAGUCUUGUCAGCUUGUAGCCAUGCUGGUUUUGUAGAGAAAGGUCAAAGGCUAUUUGAUUCAAUGAGUCACAUGUAUGGUUUACAACCCAGGGCUGAGCACUAUUCUUGCCUUGUGGACAUCCUUGGUCGAGCAGGACAAGUGGAGAAGGCCAUGAGUGUUGUGAACAAAAUGCCUCCAAGUGAGUGCGAUGGUGCUGUUCUAGGAGCAUUGCUUGCUGCAUGCAGAUUGCAUAGGGACGAUAAAAUAGCAAAUCACAUUGGUAAACAGCUAAUUGAGCUAGAGCCUACUGACUCUGGUGGCUACGUUCUCUUGGCUAAUGUAUAUGCAGCGCAAGAGAAGUGGAAUGAGUUUGCCCGAGUAAGGAAGAUGAUGAAGGAGAGGAAAGUGAAGAAAGUUGCUGGGUUUAGUUAUGUAGAAGUGAAAGGAAAGAAUCAUGUAUUCUUCGUAGGGGACAGAUGUCAUCCUCAGGUUGAAGAGAUGUAUGAAAUGCUACGAGUUAUGCUACCACCUCGUACGAGCGGGGUGGAUUGCAUUCAAGGGGACCCAACUAUACCUUUAUCGUAGUUUGUGAGAAACUGAAGAAAAAUAGAGUUGCUGAAUCCAUCUGGGAUUUGGUUGGUGCGGCAAUUAGUUAUAAUGAGCAUCAAAAUCCACGACUGGUUGGAGUUAUAUAACUGCUGUGGUUUGUGCGGUUUGAAGGCAAGAAGUAAUUGGUCAGUACAUAGCACACGAGUGAUUCCCAAUGGGUGUUGAACAUUAAAAGCUGUCAAAUUUGAAAUGGUGAAACCAAUUGUGACAUGAAAAUUAGUGACUGUAGGAAUGUUGUGAUGAAGCGUGUAUAAAAGAAUCUUUUGAUUUAUGGAAAUAAAAAUGGGAGAGGAUUUGAAAUGGUCAA